UAAGUGCAAUAGCCUGGGCUAUUACACAGCCAGUGUAGUGCAGUGGUUACAGUGAUGGACUAGGCCCGGGGAGACCCAAGUUCAAAUCCCCAUUCAACCAUGAAACUCACUGGCUGACUCUGGGCCAGUCAUGUAUCUCUCAGCCUAACCUAUCUCACAGGGUUGUUGUGAGGAUAACUAUAACCAUGUUCACCACUCUGGGCUCCCUAGAGGAGGAGCGGGAUAUAAAUGUAAUCAAUCAAUCAAAGUUUAUUACGGUCUAUGACCAGCACAACAAGGGGGGGAAAUACAAUUAAAAUAUAAAUAAUUUUAAAAUAAUAAUUAUAAUAAUAAGUCAACAGUCUAACCCAUCAACAAUGUUAUAACUGAAAGGUUAUAGAGCAGCACUAGAAUUGUUAAUUAAAAACUGACACAAUCUUUGAGCUGCUGCACAAAAACCCGCCACUUUCUGAGUAAUGGCGGGUAUGCUGUCCUCAAGCAGGAAAGCCACUUGUUGGCUAGGCGAAUUUCCUGGGAAACGAGCCAGCAGUGGAGAUAUUAGUUCUAAAUGUAAGUCCCUAUAAAAGGAGCAAUAAAGCAAAACAUGUUUGAUUGUUUCAACUUCCCCAUCGCCACAGGGGCAUAGACACUCUGCAUAGGGAGUCCCACUGUAGCGACCUUCAAGGACAGCAGAGGGAAGGCAUCUACAUCUGGCCUGUGUGAAAGCCAACCUAUAUCUGGGGAUGUCUAAUUGUUGCAGAUAAUAUAAAGGAGCAACAAGGUACCUUGUGGUAUCGUUACAAUAGAAACGACUUAGAUAAAUCUUCCUGCCUCUCCAUGUCUAAUAUUUUCUAUUUCACCAAUGCACAGGCUUGUGAUACUUCCAUUUUGAGCAGGGUAAGCGGAAGCAACCCCAAUGUUGCCAGUUUAGUAAGUAUUCUGCAUUCCCAGGAGGCAUGAAAUGAAUCUUGUAAUGUGAGAAAUACUAAACUAACAUGGGAGUGAUGGAUUUUAAUCCAGUAAAAAAUCGUAAGUAUCCAAUAUCUAGCCUCCACCUUGACUAGACCUGUCUCCAGUCUCAAUCUGGCAUUAGAGACACAACGGGGGGUCAAAAGUACAGCUCUAAGAAAUAUAGAUUGAAUUCUUUCCACCUGCUGAAAACUAGAUAAAGGCCCUAGCUGUGUACCAUAUGUAAGCUGAGCAAGAGAUUUGGCAAGAAAAAGUUUGAUAGCAGAGGGUGUAAAACGCCACCCCUUACUCCAAAAAAAACCUGAGAAUAGCAGACGCACUCCUUUGAGCAUUCUGGGACACAUAGGUAGCAUGUGGCUUCCUAGAGCCCGAGGCAUGGAAGAGGACCCCCAAAUAAUUGAAGGUAGAAACUUGCUGAAUAGGGUGGUCAUCAAUUUUCCAAUUGUGAUGUUUAGGUUUUUUACCGAUGGCCAUGAUCUUUGUUUUAGCAUAAUUAAUUUCAAGACAAUUUCCUUUAAAUAGGAGGCCAAUACCCCCAGGGGAAUAAAUAAAUAAAUAAAUAUGCUGUUCCAGUCCAUUUUGGGUUCUGAUGAGGUUAAUAAAGUAUAAUAAUGGAAAUAUUUCAGUGCUAAAAUAUUGUUCUCCAGUGACUCUAACAUAUCUCUCUGAUUUAAGGUUCCAGUCUGAUUUUUAAGGGGUCAUACCAGCCUGUUCUGUUCUGUUCUGUUUUGGCUUUUAGCAGGUCCCUGUAUACCCCACCACACCCCGCUUGGAAAAAAGCCUGCUGGUGCCCAUGCAGGAAAUGUAAAUUUCUUCCCAUGCACAGACAUGCCCUAUGGUGGCUUCCUGCCUAUUUCCACCUCCACUGAUUUAUCAGAACACCCUUGAUGAAGAGAAGUCCAUCAAGAUUGUCUGUGUGGCUCCUAAGGCCUACACAGAUGCCUGGUUUUAUUUGCUCAGGGUGGGCCAAGCUCAGCCAGUGCAAAAACAGCCUGCUGCAGAAACUCAGCAUCAUGUUACCUUCCUUCUGGAACAUCUCACUACCAGGAAUGGAGAUCAGUACAAGUGUCAAUAUGGCUUGAUCAAUGGGAGCCAAUUGCAGCAGUCUGAACUCAGCCGUGAUCUGGACAUUGUAUUAGAAACCUCCAACUUGACCACCACCCCAACUCCAGGACCUGACUUGAAAGGUCCGGCCUGGGUUCUCCCCACUGUCCUGAGUGUGACUGGAGUGCUGCUUCUGGUUGUAGUCCUGGUGGUGGCUGUGAUAGCAAUUGGACACUUUGCAGAGAGAAGAAAGAAGAGAAGGGAACUGGAAUCCUGCUGGACAGAAACAAGCUACCCCAAAUCAGAAACAUCCUUUGAUAUCUGCGUAUAUACUGUCUCAGUGAAAACAGAGCAGGAAGCUGAUGACUGGACCUCCUCCACCAGGAGCAGAAGACUGACCUCCAAUAGCUCGCUGGGAAAGCCAGACUUCUGCACUUUCAGAGCUUUGGAAUGACCUCCCACUCGACCAGUGAGCCUAGGAGGCUUGUCGGUCAACCUUCUUCUCUUACACAGAUGCCCAUCAUGUUAUUCCUACCAUAGAAUUGACAGAAACCAAGUUCAUCUUGGUGCUCAUGGCAUCACUAGGUAGCGUCUUCAGCUGCCUAUCUCCUCCUCCCUCCAGUCACACACAUCAUGAACUUCGCUAACCUGAGGGAAAGAGAUGCUGCUCAUUCAAUCCACUUCUAGAGUGUUUUCCUCAGUCCCAGCUGGGGAGCUGUAAGAGAGAUGAAGAUGAAUAUCACUCAGAGUUCUUCAGCUCUGAAACUAUGGCAAAACUGGAAGGAGGAGCUGAAUACAAAAUGGAUGGCUGACUCUUCAUCAAUAACGACCUUCAUUGUCUACACGUGUGUGUUGGAGCAAACAUAUGCGCACAAAGAAAUGAUUUUGUAUUUUGUUUUCUGAAAACAAAGCAAAAUUUGCAUCACAUAUCCUUUUACACUUUCUUUGAGUGCUUCCAACCAAGUAUUUUGUUCUUCUUAUCAAGUAGUAUGAUCAGAAUCCUUUUCUUGAUCAAAACAGCAAAAAGUCCUGUGGCAUUUUAAAGACUAACAAAUGUGUUUGUUAUGGCAUAAAUUUAAGCCCACUUAAUUAGUUGCAUGAUGUGGUAUUCUUGAGCAGGUAUACAGAGUGGGGGAAGUGUGUAAAUGUUGGAGCCAAAAGCCAUGCCAUACUGCAAUAAAAGGCAUGAUGUUACUGGACUAGAAAUUAUAUUAAAUACAGAUAAUAACUGGGAAGUUAAAUUAGUACAGUAUAGGUAGAAAGACAGCAUUACCACCAAGUGAUUGUAAUUAUGAGUGGGUCAUUCAUAUCUUAUAUAUAUUUAGCUCAGCAGACCCACUACCAUCCUUUGCAUUUCUUGGCAUCCAUUAACUCCAUUAUGCAUUAACAUCCAUUAUGCAGCUUGGGGGUACUACUGGACCCAGCUCUGCUUUUGGAAGCUCAGGUGGAGGCGGUGGCCAGGGGUGCCUUUGCACGGCUUUGGCUAGUGCGCCCCUUUCUUGAGAAGGCAGAUCUGGCCACAGUUACCCAUGCCUUAGUCAUGUCACGGCUGGAUUACUGUAACGCGUUCUACUUGGGGCUGCCCUUGAAGAAUAUCCAGAAACUACAGCUAGUGCAAAACACAGCAAUUAGGAUGUUAUCUGGAGCUGCCUGGUGGGAGCACAUCACACCCAUUCUGAAAGAGUUGCAUUGGCUGCCAGUUUGUUUCUGGGUCGAAUUCAAGGUACUAUUUUUGACCUUUAAAGCCCUUAAUGGUUUGGGCCUGGGAUACGUGAGGGACCACUUGCUCCCAAGGGUUGCUGCCUGCUUGACAAGGUCAUCUGAGGGGGCUCUGCUCCGGGUGCCGACAAUGAGGGAGGCUAGGUUGUCAUGUACUCGGGACAGGGCCUUCUCUGUUGCUGCCCCCAGACUCUGGAAUGUUCUCCCGGUGGCUAUUCACUCCUCAAUCUCCAUCACAGUUUUUAGAAAGCAUAUCAAAUCAUGGCUUUUUACCCAGGCUUUUAUAUGAUUGUCUCCACUGCUGCUUCUUGUGUUUUGUACUGUUUUUAUGCUUGUGUUUUAAAUUAAGUAAUUUAAUUUAUUAAUUAAUGCC